CCAUUGCGUUCGCGUGAGAUCAAGCUCAGAGUGCCAACGAUGAGGUCCCUCCUCUCUCUGUGUUUCCACUUGGCCCUAGUCCUUACACUGGUCGUCAGUGUUCCUGCUCUGGUUGAUGGAAGGGUGAUUCGCCCUAAGCCUAGACCAAACCCAAAACCGGAACCCAUACCUACACCACAACCAAACCCAAAGCCAAAACCUGAACCAGCACCGCAACCAGAUCCAAAACCCGCACCGCAACCUGACCCAACGCCAAACCCUGAACCAAAUCCACAACCCACGCCUCAACCGGACCCAAGCCCAGAACCUAUCCCUGAACCUGAGCCCCAACCAGAACCACCCAAACCGGACCUGCAACCAAACCCAGAACCUAUUCCUGAACCCGAGCCCCAACCGAAACCGUUAAACCCGAAGCCAGAGCCCCAACCUGAACCACCCAAACCGGACCCACAACCAAACCCAGAACCUAUCCCUGAACCCGAGCCACAACCGAAACCGUUAAACCCGGAGCCAGAGCCCCAACCUGAACCACCCAAACCGGACCCACAACCAAACCCAGAACCUAUCCCUGAACCCGAGCCCCAACCUGAACCACCCAAGCCGGACCCGCAGCCAAACCCAGAACCUAUCCCUAAACCCGAGCCCCAACCGAAACCGUUAAACCCGGAGCCAGAGCCCCAACCUGAACCACCCAAGCCGGACCCGCAGCCAAGCCCAGAACCUAUCCCUGAACCCGAGCCCCAACCGGAACCACCCAAGCCGGACCCGCAACCAAACCCAGAACCUAUUCCUGAACCCGAACCCCAACCGAAACCGUUAAAUCCGGAGCCAGAGCCCCAACCUGAACCACCCAAACUGGACCCACAACCAAACCCAGAACCUAUCCCUGAACCCGAGCCCCAACCGAAACCGUUAAACCCGGAGCCAGAGCCCCAACCUGAACCACCCAAACCGGACCCGCAGCCAAACCCUGAACCUAUCCCUGAACCCGAGCCCCAACCAGAACCGUUAAACCCGAAACCAGAACCCCAACCUGAACCACCCAAACCAAACUCACAGCCAAACCUAGAAUCUAUCCCUAAACCUAGGUCCCAACCGAAACAGUCAAAGCCAGAGCCACCACCUCAUUUGCCGCCCCUUGGCACGGCCAUGGAAGCGAACUGAGAGUAGAAUGUAUGCGACCUAUCUAACUCGCUCUUGACUAUGACCAAGUAAUAAUAUUUGUGCGUGCGCGCUAUAUAUGUAGUACUACUCUCUGUGCACCUGCGUGUGCUCGUGUUUUCCGUGUGUCUUCAUCACCGUGCAUGUGUGUAUGCAUGUAUGUUGUGCUAAGUUUGUGUAUCAUUAAUGAAUAAAAAGGAACAAGUCU